AUGCCCUCCAAGACAGAUAAGACCAGAAAGUCACCAAUCCCUGACGAGACCCCCGACAUUAUUCCUCCCCAUCAGCUUAGCAGCAGGGAAGCUGAAGAAGACUAUCAGAAGCAGCUUGCCAUGCUCGAUCAGCAGAAUAAGGAAUACCGCCAGGGUCAGAAAGGCCGAGUCUCAGACGAUAAGAAGGCCGGUGAACGUGGCGACUAG